UUCAAACACUCCCGCGGGAAAUAAGUUGACAUUUGAUAAAUCCGCAAGUUCGACCAACUUAGCACGUUCUCCAUGAAACAGGUCAUAAUAUAACCAGUAGUAAAAAGUGCAGUUAUCCUCUCACUGAAAAAAAAUUAUCAAUGGCUGACUAACCGGUUGAACUUGUCGUUUACUGCAGUCGCUAAAUAAAUAGAGUUCAAUAAAUUAAUAUACUUACUUACUAACUAUAUACCUAAAUAUAGAGAUCACAUUGAAAAAUAAUUUGUCGGAGUUUUCGGUAAACAAAAAAUAAUAAACUGCACUAGUGUACACAAGUUUUAAAUAACCUAAAGUUUAACUCAAUGUGUGUAACUGUAAUUCAAGAACAGUAAAGUAAAGACUAUCAAUUAGUAAGUGAAGGAUAAUUGUCAUUUAUCAAAUUGUUAUAAAUUUUUGUCAAGCAUCAUAAUAAUUAUCAAGACUGAUAACUGUAAUAAUUAAAUUAUAAUUAAUAAAAGUAUUAAAUUAUGGUUGUACUGAGUAAUUUUUUGCCACCUCAAGAAGGUGUUCGACAUGAGGAACAAAAUACAACAGUUUAUAUCAAAGACAGAGAGGUGGGGAAAGGUACACUUUACAUAACAGAGAGUGUACUGUCAUGGGUAAACAACACGACACAGCAGGGGUUCUCUCUAGAGUAUCCUCACAUUUCUAUUCACGCAGUCUCACGAAAUCAAGAAGCUCACCCUAGACAGUGUCUUUACGUGGUAGUUGAUGCUGAAGUCGACCUUCCUGGUGUUGAAGAUGUGCAACAGAAUGAUGAGAAUUCAGAAGAUGACGAUGACAACUCAGAGCCCGUGAUAACUGAAAUGAGGUUCGCUCCUGACAACGUUCACAACUUGGAUGCCAUGUUCCAAGCGAUGAAUGUAUGCCAGGCACUACACCCUGAUCCUAAUGAAAGUUUUUCUGAUGCUGAAGAAGACGUUUAUCAAGAUGCUGAAGAAGAUAAGUACAGUGACGCGUAUGAAGUUGGACAUGUCGACGCUCCUUACAUUUUACCACCCGAGCAAAUAGGAAAUAAUCAAAACGGAAACGGAAACGAAAAUGGAAAUGAUGUCGAGGACAUGGACAUGGACAUCGACGCUGCUAGGUAUGAAGACGCUGAAGACGCCGACGACUCGUAAAACAUUUAUGUCUAAACUUCAAAUCGAACUGGCUAUAAUCAAUACUGCACUUUGAUAGUUUAGAUCAAUGCAACUCACAGCAGUAAUUAAUAUAUCAAAAAAAUAAUAAUAACAACAUGAUACAAAGAAAAAGUAUUCCACCCUAGAAUAUCACUUAAAACAUUAAUUACAUUAGUUACUGUACAAUUAAAACGUACAAUGCAUUUGUUUUUAUUUCUUUUUUCAAGCACUAAACUUUAUUUAUAUUCAUUUUGUACAUGGCAAUAGUGUCUCAUGAUAUGAGAACAAUAAAAUCAUUAACAUGAUAA